CGUCAUUGUCAAAGUUGUCAAAGUCAUCGUGUUGACGUGAUUUGUUUGUGUAAUAGUCUUGUGUUAUUUAUCGUGAAUAUUUUUUAUACAAAUUAACAUACGCACAUAGUUUAAAACUAUUUUAACUUUACAUGGGCAGAAUAACUGCUUAUAAAGGAAGGAAAAGUGUAACAUUUUUCGAACACAAUGCCGAAGGUUGUAUCAAGAAGCAUCGUGUGUUCAGACACGAAAGACCAGGAAGAAUACAAUGAGACGAAGCCACUACACAUCUACUACUGUCUAUGUGGACAGAUGUCCUUGAUCCUGGACUGCACCAUCGACCGUUUACCACUCCGGCCUACAGACAGUGCACGCGUAAUCGAUGGAUCAAAACACGCUCACAAAAUCACCGCAGAUCCUGACGAGACAGUGUUCCUGAAGCGAGAAAAAGGCAUAGAACGACAAUACAGACUGAAAUGCAAGAAGUGUUCAAUACCUAUAUACUAUAAGAGUGAGCAGGACAGCAAUAUAGUGUUCAUUAUGGAUGGAGCGUUGGUACAGACUGCCGGUGAAGGUGGGGUCACUGAUAUAUACAAACAGGUCGCUUUGACGCAGCCUAAGAAGAUAAUGGUUACGAAACAUACUAAGAACAUGGGCAAGUUCAGUUCUGUGACCGUUUCUACGAUAGAUGAGGAAGAGGAUGAGAUAGAAGCAAGAGAAGUAGCGGACAGCUACGCUAACAAUGCUAGAAUAAUUGAAAAGCAGUUGGAAAGGAAAGGUAUGAAUAAGAGACAAGCAGAGACUCCUGCACAGACUUCGGAGAAAAGAGUUAGAGGGACUUUGAUUGAGAAAUAGAAUUAAAAUAAAGUAAUUGUUGUUUUUUAA